AUGCUACCGAUGUCGGACCAAUUUUCCCGAUUGGUUGGAUGGUUAAGGUUGCCGACUUUACUGUUACUGUUGUUGCUCGUCGGUUUUGGGAGUGGUGCCAUAGUGACCGACCACGAUCGGGUAGUAACGUGCUACAUCUCCACGUGGGCCGUUUAUCGUACCGGUAGCGCAUCCUACAACCUGGAUGCGUUCGAUCCGACCCUCUGCACUCAUGCCAUCUACGCAUUUGCCGGUCUGGAUGUGGAAAAAAAUGCCAUCAAAUCGCUAGAUGCUUGGCAGGAUCUCAAGGAUAACUAUGGCAAGGGAGGUUACGAAAAGCUGACGAGUAUGCGUGCAAAACAUCCCCAUCUGAAGGUGCUACUAGCGAUAGGUGGCUGGAAUGAAGGCUCGGAAAAUUACUCCAACCUGGCAGCUAAUCCCGAACGGCGACAGGCCUUCGUUAAGAAUGCGCUCGAUUUCAUCAAACAAUACGGCUUUGAUGGACUCGACCUGGACUGGGAGUACCCGACGCAACGCGGCGGAAAGCCGGAAGAUCGCGAAAACUUCGUCGCACUCGUGCGCGAGCUCAGCCAGCUCUUCCGGAAAAACAACCUUCUGCUUACAUCCGCUAUCGGCGCCGGGAAGGACACGAUCGACUCGGCAUACGAAGUGAAGGCCCUCUCUAAGUACCUCGACUUCCUGCACAUCAUGUGCUACGACUACAACGGCAGCUGGGAUGGCCGGAUUGGACCUAACGCGCCCCUCACCAGCCGUGAUUUCCUCAACGUCGAGUACUCGAUCGAGCAUCUACUCGAACUCGGCGCACCAGCCAGCAAGCUCGUGCUGGGUCUGCCCUUCUACGGGCGCACGUUUGUCAGUACUGUAGCUAAAGCGAGGCUCGGCGACUCCGCGGACAAGACCGGGUUCCCUGGGCCAGCAACGAAGGAGAACGGCUUCAUGGGCUACAAUGAGGUGUGCGAGGAACUGAAGAGUAAUCCUAACGAUUGGACGCUCGAGUGGGACGCGACCGCUUCAGAGAUGGUGGCGACCAAGUCUAAUGGCACCGUCUCGCAGGUCGUCGUAUACGACAGCACUCGCUCGAUCGCCAAUAAGGUACGUUUCGCCGUGAGGCAGAAGCUGGCCGGGCUGAUGGUGUGGUCGGUCGAUACGGACGAUUUCAACGGGUUGUGUGCUCCGGAAUCGGACACCUACAAGGACUUCGGUGAUCGCGAUCGUGUGGCGCUCACGAUCCCGCCAGCGAUCAAUGGGAAGUAUCCGCUUUUGAAGACUAUCAGCAACGCCAUUGUCGUCGCGUCAGAAGAGUUGACGCAGGAGAACAUCAUUCCUAGUGAGCCAGAUGAGGUACCAACGGCCGGAGGAACAACCACGGGUCCAUCGGGAGCUACGAUAUCGUUCAUUUCCAGCUGGCUGUUAGGGAUGGUACUGCUGCUCGCAACGAUUGCAACCGCCCGAAUGCUUUAAAGUUUU